UCUCUCUCUCUCUCUCUCUCUCUCUCACACACACACACACACACACACACACACACACACACACACACACACACACACACACACACACACACACACACACACACACACAGAGAGAGAGAGAGAAAGAGAGAGAGAGAGAGAGAGAGAUGAAUGCUGAGUGCUGAGUAACCCUCAUGUCCCAGAGGACUUCAGGGUCCGGGGUUCAGAUCUAGUCAUCUCUGGACAAAUAGCAUUAAAUAGCAGAUGUGACUCAAACUAAGGCGGAAAAUGUGCAGUGUCAACUUGGCAUUCAGCUGUGGGGAAUUUGGGGUUUUGAGUAAUUCUUCUGAAACAAAAAAAAAAACCACAUUUGUUUCUGAACAUUUAGGAAGAUAUAAUGUCUAUCUUAACAGCUAUUUCUGUUUUGGAAAACAACAGAAGAUAACAAUCCUGUUUGAUUCUAGAUAUGGUCCUGGAGCAUCUGUGUUUUAUCCAAGUCUACAAAACACACAUUUUAGAUUCAGGAGUUAAGUUUGAGCUGAUGAGUUAAAUCCAGGUGUGUUCCGGACUGCACCCUUGCCCCUGAACUGCAUGACCAAAUGAUUUAAUACACCACGACCAGGAAUUUUAAAAUAAUAAAACUAUUUUAAACACUAGUGCAACUCGUAGACUGUCUUCUCUUGCACUUUUGGUUGGUUAGUGUGUGUGUAUGUGUGUGUGUGUGUGUGUGCGCGCGCGUGCGUCUAUGAACUUUGGUGGAACCCCUGGCGCACAUCUGGCCACUGCUUUGAGCUCGCAUGACGCUGCGCCCCUGGCAGGCAAAUAAUCAGGAAAGUUGCGGCUGAAAUUUGAACGACAGGAGUUUCAAAUGUCAAAAUAUCUGCGUGAGAGUAAGGAAAGGAGACGGGCUGCUGAAUGGCUGGAAUCUCGGGUAACGGAAAGCUUCGCCAGUGGCUGAUUGAGCAGGUGGACGGGGGGAAAUACCCCGGCUUGGUGUGGGAGGACCGCGAGAAGAGCACGUUCCGUAUUCCGUGGAAACACGCCGGCAAGCAGGAUUAUAACCGCGAGGAAGACGCGGCGCUCUUCAAGGCUUGGGCGCUGUUUAAGGGCAAAUAUCGCGAAGGCAUCGAUAAACCGGAUCCGCCGACCUGGAAAACGCGCCUCCGCUGCGCCCUCAACAAGAGCAACGACUUCGAGGAGCUCGUGGAGAAGAGUCAGCUGGACACCUCCGAGCCUUAUAAAGUUUACAGGGUCAUUCCGGAGGGCAGCAAGAGAGUCUCCUGUGAGAGAACUUCCACAAUGACGAGCCCUCACAGCUAUCCACUGUACUCGACAUACACACCUCUGCAGAGUCAAGUUUCUAACUUCCUGUCUCCAGGUGAGAAAGGAUGGAGAGAUUUGCCAGAUCAAGUUCCAUUUCCAGAUUUCUACUAUCCCUACAGUCCAAACUCAUACACCGUGUCUCGGGACCCAGUCGGUUACCAGAUCAGCAACUCGUUCUAUAGUUGCAGUGGUUUUGACCCUUCAACAUCCACCUUUAACUUGGAGCAGAGCAUGAGAUCUGCUGCUUUCUCUGAUCCCAGACUGCAGGUGUCUGUAUUCAGUGGAGAUUCUCUGAUCAGGGAGAUGACCGUGUACAGCACAGAGGGCUGCAGGUUGGCUCCUUAUGAAGAAAACCAGAAUUACGGAGGCCCUGAACUUGUGCAACUUCCUCAGGGUGAGGGCACAGAGCUGGAGCGUGGCGUAUUGGUCUGGAUGGCUCCUGAUGGCCUGUGCGCCCAUCAGCUCUGCAAUGCCAGGGUCUACUGGGAGCUGGUGCCCAACAUCAACGCUGAUAAACCUAAUAAACUGGAGAGGAACCAGACCAGCAAACUUCUGGACAUUCAGCAGUUCAUCACAGAGUUACAAGGCUACUAUCUACAGGCACGACCUCCUCCUUGUUUCCAGGUGCUGUUGUAUUUUGAGCAGUGCCAUGACAACCACACUCACAAGAGACCCAUAACAGUGCAGGUGGAGCCACUAUUUGCUCGCCAGUUGUUCAUCCUGAGUCAGCAGAGCAGCACACACCACAUGAGGGCUCCUGAUAACGCAUCUCUGCUGUGGGAGCAGAUGCCCCCUUCUCAGCAGAACUACUACACAGGGAGCUCCCAACAGCAUGACACCCUGCAAGACUAAAUCCCAUAUGACACACAAGUGCGGAGGUGAAAUACAGCAUUUUGCUUGUUUCAUUGCAUUAGGGGGAUAAAAAGAUAAUUAUGUACUAAAAGGCAGAAGACCACAAGAGACUGUGAAAUCUACUGGUUUUCUUUGAAGGAUUCUCUCUUUUUUUUAAUUACUUUAGUAUUUCUGUAGUAGCAUUAUCAUAGUUCUAAAGCAUCUCAGGGAUAACGCAUGCUUAGACUUGCUCAUUAUGUAAUUUUUAUUUGCUGCACUGAUGAAUAAACCUCAUACGUCAAAUCUGAAGACAUGAAAUAUAAAUAUUGCCAAACAGAUUUAUUUUGUUCUUAAUAAUAAUAAUAAUAAUAAUAAUAAUAAUAAUAAUUAUUAUUAUUAUUAUUAUAAUGAGAAUAUAACUGCUGUUUUAUGUCUUGAGAAAAUCUGUUUUUUUUCUUAACAUUAAAGUCAGUUUAGCUAAUGAACCAAUAAUACUUUUUUUUUUUUUUUUUAAAAACAAACAAAAAAACUUUUUCUAUUUAACUAUUUCUGUCAGUUGUGGCUCAAUUAAAAAUAAAUUCAGACACCUUAAAAUAAAAUGAGUCUUGUGUUAUACAUUUAUUAUUUUAUUGAAUUCAAUUCAGCAUAACAACAAUAAAUAGAACAUUCAUUGGUGGUAACAUAUAACUAGUUACGCUACGGCUCUAUGAAGCCCUGAUAACAGCCAGAGGUGGUGUGUAACACUUGAAUGCCAUGUUGUUGAAUGUACAGGCAUGCAGAGAUAUUCCAGCAAGGUCAUGUAGUAACCUAUGACGUAGUAUUUGAUAUAAAUACUUCCAUCAUACAUCAAUCAUUCCCUACAACCUUCUUGCAGAGAUGCUUGACAAGGAACUCUGGUGGUUAUCCAGGGCACGACCGAACCACAGUCAUAACAGUUAACAACGUAACUUAUCCUUGCCUUAGGACAACCUGAAAGGUGGCCAAAGAACUGUCAAAGACGACGUCAGCAAGAGAGACAGGGUUAACCUUACACAUGGUAGCAGGAACACAGACUUAUGGAAUGGAACCUCUACAUAAAGCAUGUGAGUAGGAGUUGCUCCUGGUAGGAGGUUCUUGUCACAAUAGGGCCAGGAAGUUCAGACUGUCUGUAGCCUAUGGUAAUGAUCACCCAGUGGGCUGAACUUUGACACUGAAUGCUUUGCAGACUCACCCUCUACUGACUGCAAGGCUUGUUUAUAUAAACUGUUUUACAAACGUGAGCAGGGGCAGAAAUCCUGAAGUCGAAAGGUCACACCCAAAUCAUCUUGCAGUCAACGCAUACAAGGUGAGCUUAUCGCAAGAAUAGUAGUAACUGCUAGAAUGAAGACAGAUUUCAAAAAGACAUCCACUUGUCAUCUUUACACAUCGGCUCAUAAUGAGGGGCUUUAAUGGACUGCAGCACUAAGGGGGAGUCCCAUACAAGGCUCCAAGGGACCCGUGGAAGAUUGUGGUAUUUUCCCCUCUUCAGAAAGGAACCAAGUCUAUGG